CUAAAAAUAGAUUACACAAACCAUAAACUUCCCUUCAUCCAAGGACUCCAUUGUACGAGUUUACAGCUCUCUGUCUCUCUCUGUUUUUCUAGGGUUUGUUCUUCAUUCACUCUCUGUUCAAUCAAAUCAACCAACAAGAUGGAAGAGAUCACGGAGGCAGUUCAGAACAUUAACAUCACCGGUGACAAUCACAAGAAGAAUCGAAUUCAGGUCUCCAACACCAAAAAGCCCCUCUUCUUUUACGUUAAUCUCGCCAAGAGGUAUAUGCAACAGCAUGAUGAAGUGGAGCUUUCUGCCCUUGGGAUGGCCAUUGCAACAGUUGUCACAAUAGCAGAAAUUCUCAAGAAUAAUGGAUUUGCUGUGGAGAAGAAGAUUAUGACAUCCACUGUUGACAUGAAAGAUGAAUCUAGAGGACGCCCCAUCCAAAAAGCCAAGAUCGAGAUAUUGCUGGGGAAAACAGAUAAAUUUGACGAACUGAUGGCUGCUGCUGCUGAAGAAAGGGGAGAGCUUGCAGACGGUGAAGAGCAUAGUUAAGGAGUCUGAAACCGUUACCGUUUGGUGUGGAAUUUGAUAGAAAAAGUAGACGAUGGCAUAAUCGGUAAUUCGGUUUGCUAUUUCAAUUUUGUGUUGUUUUCCGAAACCUGCAACUUGGUCUGUUGUUUGUUGGAUGAGUCUUUUAGACGACGGCAUAAUCGGUUUUAAAUUUAUCGGAGUUUUAUCAUCUUAUGGACG